UACGCGACGACCUCACACUUCGCUUCCUUCCCUCUCACUGUCACAACUCAUCGUCGAAAACCACUGAAUCAAUCUCGAUAUGGAGUCACGCGUGCUGCUACGCGCCACCGCAACGGUCACUGGUGUGCCGCAACUGAGGCGACCGAUCAGAGCGAUCCACCGCCAGUUCAGCACUGCUCCGUCCUCGUCGUCGUUCACGGCUUGCGCCAAGCCGAUGGGAUCAAUCGGAGAGGGAGGGAACCUGAUCUCCGGUCGUCAGCUCCGUCCGGUGCUCCUUCUCGAUAGCUCGCCGGAGAAAAGAGAGAUUCUCAAGCCGGUUAGAGCGGCCGCUGCCGAAGGUGGUGAUUCAGCUGGGGAGACGAAAGUUGGAUUCCUCGGGAAGUAUCCGUGGCUCGUCACCGGAUUCUUCUUCUUCAUGUGGUACUUCUUGAAUGUGAUUUUCAACAUCCUUAACAAGAAGAUCUACAAUUACUUCCCUUACCCCUAUUUUGUAUCGGUUAUUCACUUGUUUGUUGGAGUUGUCUACUGCUUGCUGAGCUGGUCCGUGGGACUUCCUAAACGGGCACCAAUUAACUCGAACAUCCUCAAGGUAUUGAUACCAGUUGCAGUCUGUCACGCCAUAGGCCAUGUCACUAGCAACGUUUCCUUCGCCGCUGUCGCUGUCUCCUUCACUCACACCAUCAAAGCGCUGGAGCCAUUCUUCAAUGCGUCUGCUUCUCAGUUCCUUCUUGGACAACCAAUCCCCAUAACACUAUGGUUGUCUUUAGCUCCUGUUGUACUCGGAGUUGCAAUGGCUUCGCUCACUGAGUUGUCAUUCAACUGGCUUGGUUUCAUCAGCGCGAUGAUAUCAAACAUCUCUUUCACUUACCGAAGCAUCUUCUCCAAGAAAGCCAUGACUGAUAUGGACAGUACAAAUGUCUACGCUUACAUUUCCAUUAUCGCUCUCUUCGUUUGCCUUCCUCCUGCCAUCAUCGUCGAAGGGCCUCAGCUAUUGAAACAUGGUUUCAGCGACGCGAUUGCUAAAGUGGGAAUGACUAAGUUCAUCUCUGAUCUCUUCUGGGUUGGAAUGUUUUACCAUCUCUACAACCAGUUGGCUACUAAUACAUUGGAGAGGGUAGCACCAUUGACUCACGCUGUUGGAAACGUUCUGAAACGUGUCUUUGUGAUUGGGUUCUCCAUCGUUAUCUUCGGAAACAAGAUAUCGACGCAGACAGGUAUCGGAACUGGAAUAGCCAUUGCUGGAGUUGCACUCUACUCUGUCAUUAAGGCCAAGAUCGAAGAAGAGAAACGGCAAGGUAAGACGGCAUAGAGAGCGGAGGCUGACGGCGGUGGACAGUUGCAUAAACAAUUCCUCCUAUGAAUAUCUAUAUAAUAAAUAACCAAAAAAUGCACUAGUAUCUUGUAUCGUACAAUCAAACAUUGUUUUUGAGUUUCGCUUCUCGUUUAUAUAUAUUUUUUUAUAUUCUGCGUCUUUUCCUUCCCGUGGAGAACUUUGUUGCCAUUUCUUCUGCAUUGCACUUAUCUUAGCAGAUGAAAGCAUAAUAAUGUAUUUAUUCUUUUCUC